CCGCCCAUCUGCCGCCCGCCGGUCGCCCGUACAGCGGCAAUGCCCCGCAGCCCGGCCGCGGCCCCCGGCCCGCCCAGCUAGCCCCGCGCCGCGACUCUCGGAGCAGCGAUGGGCAACACGGUGCACCGGACCCUGCCAGACUCCAGCCCUCCCGCACGCCUCCUAGCCUCCCGGCCUUGUUACGGCCCUGGCCCCGAGAGGCGAGCGGUCCUGGGCGAGGCACCACGCUUCCACGCUCAGGCCAAGGGCAAGAACGUGCGGCUGGACGGCCACUCGCGCAGGGCUACGCGGCGCAACAGCUUCUGCAACGGCGUCACCUUCACGCAGAGGCCCAUCCGCCUGUAUGAGCAGGUGCGGCUGCGCCUGGUGGCCGUGCGUCCUGGCUGGAGCGGUGCCCUGCGCUUCGGCUUCACUGCGCACGACCCGUCACUCAUGAGUGCUCAGGACAUCCCCAAGUACGCCUGCCCCGACCUGGUCACACGGCCUGGAUACUGGGCUAAGGCGCUGCCUGAGAACUUGGCACUACGGGACACGGUGCUAGCAUACUGGGCUGAUCGCCACGGCCGCGUCUUCUACAGCGUCAACGAUGGUGAGCCGGUGCUGUUCCACUGUGGCGUGGCCGUGGGAGGCCCACUCUGGGCACUCAUUGACGUCUACGGCAUCACCGACGAAGUGCAGCUGCUGGAAAGCACCUUUGCGGACACACUGACACCCCUGCGCCUGGGCCAGGCCCGCCUCAGCGCCUGCCCCCCUCCCGGCAGCCACGACACCGCCAACUUCGACAACAAUGAGCUGGAGAACAACCAGGUGGUGGCCAAGCUGGGUCACCUGGCUCUCGGCCGUCCGGACGCCGCCGUCCCGUGCGUGGCCCGCGAACGCGCUCGGCCCGCGUCGUCACCCGCGCUGCUGGACGCCGAGCUGCGCUUCCACGCCACGCGCGGCCCCGACGUGAGCCUGUCUGCCGAUCGCAGGCUGGCCUGCGCGCCCCGACCCGACGGCGGCCGCACCCUGGUGUUCUCCGAGCGGCCGCUGCGGCCAGGCGAGAGCCUGUGCGUGGAAGUGGGCCGGCCCGGGCUGGCGGCACCCGCGGCCGUGGCCUUCGGCAUCACGUCGUGCGAUCCCGGCGCGCUGCGGCCAUCCGAGCUGCCCGCCGACCCCGCUGCGCUGCUGGACCGCAAGGAAUACUGGGUGGUGGCGCGCGCCGGGCCGGUCCCCAGCGGCGGCGACGCGCUCAGCUUCACCCUGCGGCCGGGCGGCGACGUACUGCUGGCGGUGAACGGGCGCCCGCGGGGACGCCUGCUGUGCGUGGACACCUCGCAGGCGCUCUGGGCCUUCUUCGCGGUGCGCGGCGGAGCGGCGGGCCAGCUGCGUCUUCUGGGUACCCUGCAGUCCAGUCCUGAGACCACAACUCCAUCGGGGUCCUUCAGCGGCUCCCAGGAUGACAGUGAUUCAGACGUGACCUUCGGUGUCAACCAGUCUUCCUCAGCAUCAGAGUCAUCUCUGGUGACAGCCCCCAGCUCCCCGCUGAGCCCCCCAGUGUCCCCAGCCUUCUCUGCACCUGAAGCGUCAGGCAGCAGGAAUGGAGAGUGUACAGUGUGCUUCGACAGCGAGGUGGACACGGUCAUCUACACGUGUGGACACAUGUGCCUCUGCCACAGCUGCGGCCUGCGGCUCCGAAGGCAGGCACGGGCCUGCUGUCCCAUCUGCCGGCGGCCCAUCAAGGAUGUCAUCAAGAUCUACAGGCCAUAGCUAUGCAGCGGGCUGGGCCAAGGCGAGGUCACCUUUCUGAAGCCCCUGUUAGGUGGGCGACACCAUGGCUACCAGGGAGCCCAAGGUCAGAAGCCAUCUCUCAUCUGCCACUCCGCAGUGAUGAGCAAGGCAGGACAGGUGUGGAGAUGAGGCCCCGGGGGGCCAGAGCCCAGGCAAGCAUUGCUUCUGGCUCAAACACGUGUUGCCCCCAAAAGCCUGUCCCAAGAUUCAGCUCAGGAACUGCCUGGCAGAUCACCUGCCUCUUGGUGACCUUCAGCUGGGAAAGGGUGCCCUCUGUCUGUGCAAUGCUUCUUUGGGGUUGGGUUGAGUGUGUGUGUGUUGGGGUGGGGGGAGACAGCACAGAGAAAGAAUGAGUGAGAGAGAAUGAGUGAGAGAGUGUGUGUGGAUGUAUUGUGCAGGAAUCUGUCGUCUCCUGGAGGGUAUUUAACACUAAGGAAUGUGCAAUCCGGGCCUAAAUGUUAAUGUGACGGUUGUCCACUUUCUGGGGAUGUGGUUUUCUGCAACGAGCUAGCUUUGAACACACGAGGCCUGAACCUACACAGAACUCCUUCAAUGGUAUAGAAAGAGGCACUCAAAUUUUCUAAAGGAAAGCAAAAAUAACUCACUGUUUACAGCUCCAGGCAGCAGCUCCUGCUGAGGGGAAGGUGGGCGGAGAACAGCCCAGCACAGGUGGCUUUCACUGCUUACUCAGACUGGGAGGCGCCUUCCUUCCCGUGGCAGCUGAGGACAGGUGCCCCAAGCUCUAGCAUCUAGGAUUCCUCCAUCCCCAGUCUGAACAGUAAGCUCCUCGCCCCUCAGCCCCACAUGCUCUGGAGUUUUGUAAUGCUCCUCCUGUUCUCCGGGGCGGCUCCAUAACUCCCAUUAUGAAUUAAGAAGAAUUAAGGAGAGCUGUGGGCAUGUCCCAGCGACCAGCUGGCAGAAGCCAGAAGACCCAGUCUCCCUAUCUGGACCUUGUCCUGACCCUCUCAUUUUUCUGAUUAUUAAGGUGUUAACUAAUAUACACUUGUUAGAUACUUGUGAAGAGCUGACUGAAAUGCCCCCCAACUCCUGGGCCUGUUUGCUGGCAUUUCCCAGGACCCUGGCCCUGGCCCCCUCUCACUGGGCCAGACCUGUUUCUGUAGGCUCCCAGACCUUCCCAUUGCUGAUGCUCUGGCCAGGCAUGCUCCUCCAUUCUGAAGAGCUGUGGGCUCGGGAUUACACCUACAUUCUGUGAGCUGUACCUGUAGAAGAGUUCCUUGGCCUCUCUGUUUCUUGGUUCCUACUUAGAAGCCUGGUACCAGGGCACUCGGGGGACCCCCACACACUGAGAAAGCCUGAGACACCUUGUGAGGAGAAACUUUUUCCCACAGCUCCUAGUCUGUCCGUCUCUAGCUGUGAGGGGGUAAGAGGGGGAAGAGAUGCAUUCAAGAAGUGAGGUUCAUGGAACAGGCUUGGACAGGAGCCAUGGACCACCCGACAGCAGCCCAAGCUGGAGUCAGUGUGCUUGGGUAGCUGGAGGCCUUGGGCCUGUGCCGAUGCUUCUCUGACUGGGAGUGUCUGGAUCUGGCCCAAUCACAGCUUCCCCAUUCCUGUCCCCAGCAAGAGCCCCUGAGAGCUGGCUUUUCCUUAGGGACUGCAGGGCGCGUCACCACCGUUUCGCUUUGCAGCUGCAUUUUUUUUUUUUCUUCUUUUUUUAGAGAAAGGGUUUCUCUUUGUAGCCCUGGCUGUCCUGGAACUUAUUCUGUAGAUAAGGCUGGCCUCAAACUCAGAGAGAUCUGCCUGUGUCUGCCUCCUGAGCGCUGGGAUUAAAGGUGUGCGCCACCACUACCUGGAUGCAGUUAAAUCUUUCAAAGAGCUGCAGGAACCCUUGUUUGCCUGGAGGAGAGUUGGAGAAUCAGGCGCAUUGGGUACCCUGCUCAAUUUACUCAGCCAAGCUCUUGGCUUCUCCAUGUCGUGGGCUUGGGCAGAGCUACCUUGUCACCAGUGAUGGUAACUGGGUCUCCUGGCAGCCAUGGCCCUGCCUGGAUGUAGUCUCUAACUGCCACGGUCUCAGUGGCCUGGGCGAGCCAGCCCCACUUGGCCUCCUGCUUUCCCAGCUGGACCCCAGCGUUGCAGCAGGCGCCACCCACAGCCGCUAAUCAGAAGCUGAGGUCCUGGAGCCAGGGGUGAACCAGGCCUGCUCCUGGUGACCUGCUAGCAGGGCAGAAAGGCAUCACAGGCCUGUUUAACCUGCUCCGCAGCCACUAUAAAUAGCUACCUUGUUUCCCACAGAGCAAAGGGACCGUUUCUGUUCUAAAUGCCAGGUGUUUGCCAGUGCUCUGAAAGAUGGAGUCAGUCCCUAGAGGCAGUGUGUGGGUCUCAUCUCAACAAGGGACAGGAGGGGAAAGAAGCCAGUCACAUCCCUUGUCACCUCUCACAUGCCUGCACACUGAGUUAAAGAGACACCUCUGACGGGACCUCGUGUACAGGUGUUAGUGCCAUCUUGAGUCCCAUCUGAGACAUGGCUGGUUAGAAGGCACACCAUCUUAUGAGUAACUGCAGAAGCCACACCCACCUUAGCCACAGGAUGCUGGGAUGCAGCUUCCGGGUUCAAAGACAUUCAGCUGUGGGGAAAUGGGUACUCAGGAUCUAGGAAAUACAGGAUUGUCCUCAUUUGGUGGGUGAGAUCUGAGAUCCUGUGAGCAUCUUAAGGAUCACACAACAGGAAGUGGCAGGGCUAGGAUUCAAGCCCCCCCACCCUCCCCGCAUCUAGUCCUGGCCAGUCUGCCCCACUUCUCAGGAAGCUCUGUACUACCGGAGUCUUCUUUUCUGCAGAGCCUGGGCACCUGCAUCUGUGUGGAAGGCUCUGGGCCACAGUCCCUCUGCUGCCCACACCCUAGUGGGGACAAGUGUUCUCUAAGGCUCAUGCAUUUGCUGCCCUUCUGCACCAGGGUGUCAUGUGGGGCUGCUUUGGAGAGGGACCUUAAGCCACUCCCCUCUCGGGCAGCACCCCACCCCUGUUUUCCAGGCUCACUGCCCAUUUUGUGCCCUGUGAGCCUCAAAAGCUAAGAGGAGCAUGGGGGAGGCCAGGUGACCCCCCAGUUCAUGGCAGCCAUAUCCCCGCCCACUGGAACUUCCUGGAAAAUGGUUGUUUCCCAAGCAAAAGUGGGCAUCUCCUCUUACCGCAUCCCAAGAGCCUUGGGGUUGACUUCUUGGGCAGCUGUCCUUCACGGGCUGUGACACAUGUUUUCACUUGCUCAGCAUCCACUCACCAGCAUGGCUCGUGAUCAGGACAUGAGGUUAAGAGCUGGGACCAAAGGCAAAGCCUGUGAGCAGUUCUCAGACCGGAGGCCAGAAGCCAGAUUAUAAACUGAUUUGAUCACUCUGGAGUUGGGUCUGGUGCUAGCACACAGUAGGUUCUUAGUGAAAAACUGCAGAUUAGAUCAGGAGCCAGGGGACAAGUAGCUGGAGUUUAGUGAAAUAGCAUCACACAUAUAUGGACACAAAGUCAUCUGACAAUCAUUUGCUGGGUGCCCUCAGGAUGUGAGGCGGGAACAUAGGGUGUGCCCAGCCCUGAUGCCUGAGUGGUGCCACAUUGGUAAGACAGGGCAGAACAUGUGGGCUUUCUUGACCGUUCUGUUGCCUUGGGUCCAUUUAGUUAAAUGCCCACAAAUCUUCCCACACCCACAUUAGAUAUGUGGGGGUUCCUUGUAGUAAGUGAGCUCUUGCCAAACAGCCAGGACCCCACCAGUUAAUGACCACCUUCAGGUCCACCAGGGAGUCUCUAGGGAGACAUCUUCCUGCUACUUCCAGGCACUGGGGCCCACAAAGAGCCCCGAGUCCCAGCUGAGAGUGGCAUUGUGCAGCCUUGGAGCAUGGGAAGCAGUGACUGCCCUGCUCCAUCCAUCCCGCCCUGGCUGGGGACACGGCUCAGGACCACACGGCCUCCCAGCAUUUCUCAGUACUUUAGUGUCUCACUCAAGUCCCUAAUGGAACUACCCAUCCGACAAUCUGUCUGUGCCUUAUGGAAGUGUGUGUGCGUGCACUUUUUCUCCUUUAAAUUGCAACCGUUCAAAGUGGACAAGAAGCUAGCAGAUGUGGUAGGUCUCCAGACACCGGCGAGGAGUCUCUGAGACCCUCCUGCGGUUUGCUGUUGGACUGAUAGUGUUCGUUCCCACCCUACCCCCACUACCUGUGUACAGACCCUUUGAAACAUGUCUGUCCUUUCUGAUUCAAUACUGUGACUGUCCGGUACUGUCUAGCCUUGGGGAACUGUACUAAAGGCCUGAGAGCUUGGGGAGUGAGCGGGGAAGGGUUUGCGCUGAUCUUUGUGUGUUGUGUGUUCUGAUAUUUGUCUGUUUUUAUCUGUUUUAUAUUAACGUAACUUUCCUGUUUGAAAAACAAAUACAACUCUGGCUUGAUUUAAAAAAAAAAAAAGUCUCA